UUUCCUUUCCUCUUCGAGCAUUAUAUGUAAUUAUGAUUCUCAUCUUCUUCCCUUUUUUUUUCAGGAAGCGAAAGAGGGUGGGAUAUGGGGUCGAUUAGUGGUGAGGAGCUGCCGCGGUGGGAGAAACUGCAGGGAACAGGUGCCCCGGAGGAGAAGAUUUUUGUUUCUGUGAGGCUGAGGCCUCUUAACGCGAAGGAGAUUGCAAGGAAUGAUGUAUCGGAUUGGGAAUGCAUCAAUGAUAACACCGUCAUAUACAGAAACGGCCUUUCGGAGCGAUCUAUGUUCCCAACUGCCCAUACAUUUGACAGGGUAUUUCGGUGUGACUGCUCCACAAGGCAGGUUUAUGAGGAAGCAGCCAAGGAGGUUGCUCUUUCGGUUGUCAGUGGUAUUAAUUCGAGUAUUUUCGCAUAUGGGCAAACUAGCAGUGGAAAGACAUACACAAUGGGUGGAAUUACCGAGUAUACUGUGGCAGAUAUAUAUGAUUACAUAAAAAGGCAUGAAGAGAGGGCAUUUGUUUUGAAGUUCUCAGCAAUGGAAAUUUACAAUGAAGCUGUAAGAGACCUCCUCAGUGCAGAUGCUAAUCCACUAAGGCUUCUCGAUGAUCCAGAGGUGAAUGUUGUUCUUGAUAGGGGGACUAUUGUGGAGAAAAUUACUGAAGAAACCCUAAGGGACUGGAAACAUUUACGGGAGCUCCUUUCCACUUGUGAAGCUCAAAGACAGACCGCUGAUACCUUCCUUAAUGAAACCAGCUCCAGAUCUCAUCAAAUUCUGAGACUGACUAUUGAAAGUUCUGCUCGUGAAUUCUUAGGCAAGGACAAGUCAAGUACACUUUCUGCUAGUGUGAACUUUGUUGAUUUGGCUGGAAGUGAGCGUGCGUCUCAGGCAUUAUCAGCUGGAACAAGAUUGAAAGAAGGUUGCCACAUAAAUCGCAGUUUACUCACCCUGGGAACUGUUAUUCGCAAACUAAGCAAAGGAAGAAAUGGACAUAUUCCUUACAGAGAUUCUAAGUUAACACGCAUACUGCAACCCUCGUUAGGAGGAAAUGCCAGAACUGCGAUCAUUUGCACCAUAAGCCCUGCACGGAGCCAUGUUGAGCAGUCCAGAAAUACCCUCCUAUUUGCAAGUUGUGCAAAAGAAGUGGCUACCAAUGCACAAGUGAAUGUAGUUAUGUCUGACAAGGCAUUGGUAAAGCAUUUGCAAAAAGAGCUGGCAAGACUGGAGACUCAAUUGAGAGGUCCGGAACAAGCUUCUGCAACAUCUGGUUCACUGGCAUUAUUGCGAGAGAAAGACCUUCGGAUUGCAAAGAUGGAGAAGGAGAUAAGAGAGCUCAUCAAGCAGCGUGAUCUUGCUCAGUCGCGGCUUGAGGAUUUGCUACGAGUUGUUGGUGUUGAUCAGGCUUCUAAAAUAUGGUUGAGAUUUGAUAAUCAUUCUAAAUUUCAGGCACAUAAUGAAUGGGAAGAUGUAAAAUCAGUAUCAGAGUCUUCAGUUGUGGAUGAUCCUCACUAUUCCAUUGAUGUCACAAGAAUCAACACGGAUUGGUAUUCUGACAGUAACAGUGUGAAUAAUUACCCACAGCUGCCCGAAAUUCCAGAAGACCAUUAUCUGUCUGAUGGUACCUCCCCAAGACUAUCUAUCAAUAGUCCAAACUUUAUUCGACGUGAUCCAUGUCAGGGUUGGGAGGAGAUUGCAGAAGAAACAGUUGAAGAUUCUGAAGAUAUUUGCAAAGAAGUUAGAUGCAUCGAGAUGGAGGAGUCUAACAGGGUCAGAAAUAUAGAACCAAAAGCUUUGUCACCUCAAGAAAAUGAAGGCAUAUUAGAUUCGACAGUGACUGGGAAUGGAGAUGCGACAGAUCAGCUGUUGAUCUUAUCCCGAAAGAAGGGCGAUAGUGACUUGAAGCAUAUGAAUGAUUUUAUGUAUGGUGCACUGGAGCAAAAACUCCACGAUGUGCAAAAAACUGUUGACUGCCUUGUCAAUCCCUCCCUUGACGAGCCAUCUCCAUGGCUUCCAGGUGACAUGUCUAGCUCUAGAAGAUUGCAGCUAACCAGGAGCAGAAGUUGUAGAGCGGCUCUCAUGAUUAGCUCAUCCACUUCCUAUUUUGAGAGGGAGGACCAGAGUGAAAACACACCACCUAGCAGGUUUGAGAGAGACUUCUCUGGAAGACCUGAAGUCUUUCAUUGGAAGUUUUCUACAUUAAAUUAUGGUGAUGAUGUCGCAAGGUCAUCAAGUAAAGAUUUCCAGACAUCUGAAGGGAAUGCUUCCAUUGGUGAUCCAAAAGCACAGAAUGCCAAAACCUCAGGUGAAGAGGAUAUUACCAGUGUCCAUACUUUUGUUACAGGGCUGAAGGAAAUGGUAAACCUUCAGUAUGAGAAGCAACUUCUUGAUGGUCAGGAGACAGAAUCAAAGCCCAAUGAAUCUGCGAAGACUGUAAAGGAUGUUGGAUUAGACCCGAUGAAGGAUCCUUUAGAAUCACCUCCAAGUUGGCGUUUAGAAUUUGAGAGGAUGAAAGAAGAGAUAAUUGAACUUUGGAAUGCUUGCUAUGUAUCAUUGGUCCACAGAACCUACUUCCUCCUGCUCUUCAAAGGUGAUCCAGCAGAUUCCAUUUACAUGGAAGUAGAGCUCAGAAGGCUUUCCUUCCUCAAGGACACAUUUUCUCGUGGACAUCUUGGUAGACAUGCCAUGGAAGAUGGUCGGACACUGACACCAGCAUCAAGCAUGAGGGCUCUGCGUCGUGAGAGGGUGAUGCUGUGCAAGCAAAUGCAGAAGAAGUUCUCAGAAAAGGAGAGAGAGCAACUCUAUGUGAAGUGGAAUAUCCAGCUGGACUCGAAACGAAGGAGGCUACAGCUGGUUCACCGCCUGUGGACAGACACAAAAGACAUGAACCUUAUCGUGGAGAGUGCCACAAUUGUUGCAAAGCUUGUUGGGUUCCUAGAGACCGGGCAGGCCCUCAAGGAGAUGUUUGGCCUAAGCUUCACACCCCCUCGCUCAAACCGAUCUUACAGCUGGAAACAGAGCAUGUCAUUUUCAAGUAGGAACCAUAUGUAGAUAACUGACGCUGGUGAUAUAAAGAUUCAUUACUGAUUUCU